AUGUCAGUAACUCAUAUAAGCUUCUCUGAGCAUCUGACGGUGCAGAUGAUUCCAGAGUGGAGGAAGCAGUACGUUUCUUAUGAGGUAAAGCCAAAGUGGGAGGAGUUCUUUAAGACGUGUGAUAAAGAGCUGAUGAAAGUGAACAGCUUUUAUUCAGAAAAGUUAACAGAGGCGAAUCGGAGGCUGGUCUUGUUUGGUAUCAUUGCUCUGGACAGUUCUGCUCAAGAGAUGGGAGGAGAUAAUUAUGCCAACCUUCACUUACAUGCCUACAAACCAACACUCAGGAAAAAGUCUGAACUUCAUAAGCUGAAAACAGCUGCUGGAGAUGUCUAUCUCAGUCUGGUCUUUCUUCAGAGCUAUCAGGAAAUUAACUACAAAGCUCUUCAUAAGAUCAUGAAGAAGUAUGAUGCAAAAUUUGAAUGUGAACAUGGAUUACAGUGGAAAACUGAAAGGCUGGACGCUUCUGUUUUACACACUGAGAGGAACCACUGUGGACAAAUGAUGUUUAGACUGGAGACGUUCAUGCUUCAGCUUGAGGGAGGCAAUAAACAGAAAUCCAUGAGAAGACUUAAAGUUCCACCAAGAGUAAAGGAGCAGACAGCCUGGCAGUGGAUAACCUUUCGGAUCGGAGUCACCUCUGGCCUUGUGAUAGCUCUGCUUGCUUUAAUUGUAUUUAAAGUGAGGUCUGAAUCCCAAAUGGAGCCACUGGUGCCGCUCCUCCAGCUGUACAGAGGAAGCUUUCUAUUGGUGGAGUUCCUGUAUCUGCUGGGAUUAAGCAUAUGGUUCUGGAGAAGAUCUGGCAUCAAUCACGUUCUUAUAUUCGAGCUGGAUCCCCGACGUCACUUAUCACAUCAACAUGUUUUAGAGGUGGCAGGCUUUCUGGCAGUGUGUUGGUGUGCCAGCAUGCUGGCAUGUCUACAUCCUUCACUGCUGUCAGUUCCUCAGCAGCUCCACCCCCUGUUCUUGCACAGUCUGCUGCUGCUCCUGCUGUUAAACCCCACCCCAACCUGCCACUCUCGCUCUUGUCGCUGGCUCCUGGCUGUGAUGUGGAAAGUCCUGACAGCACCUUUCCGGCCUGUUGGGUUUGCAGAGUGCUGGUUAGCUGACCAGCUCAACAGUCUGAGCCCUCUUCUCCUGAGCCUGUGGGAUAUGCUCUGCUUCUACACCUCUCAAAUAAAUUGGCAAGAUCUGCAGGCUGGUUACUUUCUCUACAGAGAGAACCUGGACUGGGAGAGACAGAGUAAAGUAGUUACAUGUCUGAUUCAGUGUUUUCCUCCAUGGCUGAGGUUCACUCAGUGUCUGCGGCAGUACUGGGACAGCAAUAACACCCUGCACCUCCUAAAUGCUGGAAAAUACUCCACUGUUUUACUCAUGGUCACUUUCGCAAGCCUCUACAACGCAGCCAGAGCGAGAGCUGCUCAGGCUGUGGAGCUGAGUGUGUAUCUGUACCUGUGGGCCAUGGCUACCUGUAUGAGUGUGUUGGUGACGGUCAGCUGGGAUCUGAGGAUGGACUGGGGACUGCUGCAGGGGAACGGCCUCCUUAAAGAGGAGCUGUUAUUCUCAAGAGAGGUGUAUUACUAUGCAGCCAUGUUAGCAGAUGUGCUACUGCGGAUCUCUUGGGCUAUAAAUAUCCUCCUGGCUCAGAUGAAGGAUUCAGCUGCUGCUGCUUCUGCUAGUGCUGUACUGGCUCCACUGGAGGUCCUCAGGCGUUCUCUCUGGAACCUCUUUCGGUUAGAGAACGAGCAGCUGAAAAACUGCGAGCGGUGUCGAGCUGUUCGGGAUUUUGAUUUUCCUGUCAACCUGCCAGAGCAGUUCCUCCAGGAGAAGCUGAUGGACCAGGAUGAGAAGCAAAAUGAUCAUCAUGCUACCAGCACUUUAAAAACAAGAGUUCAUCAGACAAACUUACCCACUGGAAGCUCAGAGAUGGAGCCAGGCAUGAGUCCAUGA